AAAGAGGGACUAGGGAAAUCCUCUCUUUCGCCCUGACAUUUUAAUACAUAUAGCCAUAAAGCCGCCAUCGCUUCAUAUUUCAUACCUAACAAAGUUUCCGCCAUCAUUCUCUCCUACCAUUCUUCCUUCUCCUUUGCCAUUCUUUUCCUUCAUAUCUCAGCAAAGUUUCACACAGCUUGCUGUUCGGUGCGGCGGGUAAUUUCAAAUCCAUCUUUAGUAGAUUGACGAGGAGAAUCAGAGAUGAAGUAUGUGUUGGUUACAGGAGGAGUGGUUAGCGGGCUCGGUAAAGGAGUUACCGCCAGUAGUAUCGGUCUUAUCCUUAAGUGCUGUGGUCUUCGCGUUACUUCCAUUAAGAUAGAUCCUUACUUGAACACUGAUGCUGGAACAAUGUCUCCAUUUGAGCAUGGAGAAGUAUUUGUCUUGGAUGAUGGUGGAGAGGUGGACCUAGACCUUGGUAAUUAUGAGCGCUUUCUGGAUAUUAAGUUGACACGUGACAACAAUAUAACUACUGGAAAAAUUUACCAGUCUGUUCUUGAUAAGGAGAGAAAAGGAGAUUAUUUGGGGAAGACUGUUCAGGUCGUCCCUCACAUUACAGAUGCCAUUCAAGAGUGGAUUGAACGUGUGGCUGUCAUACCAGUUGAUGGAGAGGAUAGUCCAGCUGAUGUUUGUGUUAUAGAACUGGGUGGAACUAUAGGAGAUAUUGAGUCUAUGCCAUUUAUUGAAGCUUUAGGACAAUUCUCAUAUCGUGUAGGUGCUGGAAAUUUUUGCUUGAUACAUGUCAGCCUUGUGCCCGUUUUGAAUGUAGUUGGUGAGCAGAAAACAAAGCCAACUCAACACAGCGUCAGGGGUUUGAGAAGCCUGGGACUGACUCCAAAUAUUUUAGCCUGCCGGAGCACAACGGCACUUGAUGAUAAUGUGAAGGAGAAACUUUCCCGUUUUUGCCAUGUUCCGGUUGAUAGCAUCAUCAGUCUUUAUGAUGCUUCAAACAUUUGGCGAGUUCCUUUGAUUUUAAGAGACCAGAAGGCCCAUGAAGCAAUUCUGAAAGUCCUGAAUCUUAAAGGAGUUGCUCGGGAACCUGUCUUUGGAGAAUGGACAUCUCGGACUGAACUUUGUGACAGACUACAUGAGCCAGUUAGAGUUGCCAUGGUGGGAAAGUACACUGGCCUUUCAGAUUCGUAUCUCUCAGUACUGAAGGCUCUUUUGCAUUCCUCUGUAGCUUGCCGCAGGAAACUCUUUGUCGAUUGGGUUCCAGCCAGUGACCUUGAAAAUGAAACUGCCAAAGAGAAUCCUGAAAAUUAUAGAAAUUCGUGGAAUUUGCUGAAGGGGGCGGAUGCUGUACUAGUUCCCGGAGGAUUUGGUGAUAGAGGUGUGGAGGGUAAAAUACUUGCUGCCAAAUACGCACGUGAAAACAGGAUUCCUUACCUGGGCAUAUGUUUAGGCAUGCAAAUUGCUGUUAUUGAGUAUGCUAGAUCUAUUCUUGGGUUGCAAGAUGCGAACAGUACAGAGUUUGAUCCCAACACUCCGAAUCCUUGUGUAAUUUUCAUGCCGGAGGGUUCAAAAACGCAUAUGGGUGGUACUAUGCGUCUUGGAUCAAGAAGAACUUAUUUUCAAGUCAAAGAUUCUAAAUCUACAAAAUUAUUUGGCAACCAAAGCUUUGUAGAUGAGAGGCACCGUCAUAGAUAUGAGGUGAAUCCUGAUAUGGUGCAGCAAUUUGAAGAUGCUGGCCUUUCUUUCACUGGCAAAGAUGAAACUGGUCGUCGCAUGGAGAUUGUUGAGCUGCCUAAUCAUCCGUACUUUAUUGGCGUUCAAUUUCAUCCUGAAUUUAAAUCAAGGCCAGGAAAACCGUCUGCCGUGUUCUUAGGGCUUAUAGCAGCAGCAUGCGGGCAGCUUGAUUCUCUCCUGAAGAAGGGUGGAACACCGACUCAUGGACUUAGCAAUGGUACAGCAUCUGGCGAAAAAUUGCAUCGAAAUGGAAAUGGAACGACUCUUGCCAAUGGAUCUUUAGAUGGGAUUUAUCGCAAUGGGAAUGGUGUACAUGUCUAAGGAAACAGUAAAAACACAAUUGGGGUCAAUGGCCUUGUGAUCGAUCUCUUAUCAAUCAAAUUUUGCUAGUGCCUUUCUUCCAGUCGAUAUGUAUAGGUUUUACAGCUUCUCUCGUUAAGGCUAUCUAGUUAUAGAGCUAAAUUCCGGUCUUUCUUACGGAGUUAUAGCGGCAGCAAGUUUAAUUUAGGCAUUUACUUUGAACGAUUAAAAAAACUCUUUUGAUUACCUGGUAGUAAAAGAUUGGGUUGCUCCUAAUUCGAUCUUUAUGAACUUCUUGAGAUGUCA